AGACUACUUUACACGAACGCACCUUUCGAGUUUAUUAAAUCCGCGAGUAACAGACGACAGUGCGUUGUGAGACGACAAUUUUUCUUCGAAUUCAGUGGAGAAUAUACAACCAUGGACAAUCAUGUGGAAAACUUCGCUGUUCAUGCUGGCUGUAACCCGAAUUACGUGCCUUCUGCUAUCGAGCUUGUAGAAAGUUUAGAUGCAUUGGGUACUGCAUUGCUAAGCGUCGGUUCGAUAAUCUCGGUACUAACAAUAUACUUUUCUGCCAAUGCUUGUCGCAAUAUCUUCUCCCAAAAAGAAUCGGAUUUGUAUAAAACAAAUGCCAUUAUAAUCAUGUCAGUAUAUCCUGUUGCGAGCGUUUGCAGCCUAAUGUCGAUUGCGCUACCAAGAGGCCAGUUGCUAUCGGAGGCGGUAACUCAGAUUUUCUUAAUGAUUUCGCUAUAUCGGCUCUAUCUUCUCCUGCUGGAUGUCGGUCGCCGGAAGAUGAGCGAGACGCCACCGUUGAUGCUACGAGUCGGGCCCUGUUGCUGCUGGCCCUGUCUGCCCUUUCCGAACCUUCAAAUGACCGAUGCCAAUUUGUCUUGGAUAGGAAUCCUGGUCCUACAGCUUCCUAUUGCCCAGAGUCUUCUCUACCUCAUAUUACUCUAUAUGAAUGCUGAGGAUACAAUAGUUGCCACGCAAUACGGCAUAUUCCUUCAGCCAUUCAUGGUAAUCAGCAUACUUUUAGGGAUAUACGGUCUAACUAUUGCUACAAAGACUUUACAUUCAGCAGUUCCAGAGGCCAAAUUACAUUAUAAGACGCUGGUGUUACAAUUGGUAUUGCUGUUCUCUAAGCUGCAGACAGCUAUUAUCAGGAUUUUGCCUACCGCGGGCGUAUUUCCGUGCAAUCAUCCACUCACCCCGGCAAUUUAUGCCAACGUGACGUGCAACGCGCUGAUAUUAAUGGAGAUGUUUAUACUUUGCUACGUCGCGCGGCACAUAUAUUACGUCGAUCUGGAGAAGAAUAAAGAGACAGACACAACAGACAGAACGCCGAGGACACCAGGCCAGGUAGACGCGACGAGUAGCAACGACGGCAACAAACAGCCUCCAGCAACAGUGAUGACCGCGUGAUAUUUGACGAGUCAUCAAGAUGUUAUUUAUUUGGAAAGACUUUCAUCGAGAAAUUUGUGUCUCUCGAAGGCACUCCUGACGCAUGUAACGAGAAAAAUAAUGGAUAGCGUAAGAUAAUAGAUAAUACUCAUCGAGUAAAAGUAAUUCGAAAGGUUAUAGACUGUUACUACACUGACAAAAAAUUUUUAUGAAUAAUUUUCUUGAGUAAAGUAACAUAUUUUCGGACCAAAAUAUUUUUUUUAUCAGCGUAGCUCGCUAAGAUCGUACAGAAAUAGAAAUUAUGUGCACAUUUUAACGAUUCGAGGCUGCCUUUCUCUAAUCAAUGAGAAGAGAUGUUGUGCACUUUCACUUUUUAUCCUUUUAAUGCUUCUCGCAUGCUGAUAAGAAUUUUUACUAUGUACGUUGGAAAUAAGUAGGAACAAUGUACGAGUGUAAAUCACGAAGAGUACAGAUCUAGAUUCUCCUUCUAAAUGUAGUUUCUUGUAAAUAGCAAUUUGUAUAACUUACAUGAUAACAUUAUUAAGCACACGAGCAAAUGUACAUAUUAUACACAUAACUGCAGGGUUGGGAAGUAACUCGUUACGUGUAACGAAGUUACAG